GUUCUCUCACGCGCGCUGCAGACCUCCAAUCUGCGCUGCUUCCUGGUUGAGAUCUUCCGCGCCGCCUGUUGCUGGAGAUGGAGAAGGAUCGGGGAAGAGUGCAGGAGAAACCUGUUCGCCUCAUAGCGGCGAUUUGCAACAACAUGGGGAUGGGGAAAGACGGGACGCUGCCCUGGAGUUUACCAUCUGAAUUCCAGUACUUUCUGAACACCAUCACAAGAGUGUCGCGACCAGGUAACAUGAAUUUGCUGAUUUGGGGGCGGCUCUGCUGGAACUCCCACCCCGAAAGUAUGUUUCCGCUGGCCAACUCUCUGCAUGUGGUGCUCAGUAAAACAUUGAGCUCUGUCCCAGAUCAUGCCCACUUCUUGUGUCAAGACUUUGAGAGUGCUGUCCGCCUGGCAGCUCAGCCUCCCCUGUCUGACAUAAUAGAGACCGUCUGGAUUCUUGGUGGGAAGCAGGUCUAUGUGGAUGCACUGAAGCACCCGUGGUGUGACCUUCUUUACCUGACUGAUGUCAUGGCCGACUUUGACUGUGAUGUGUUCUUUCCUGAGUUUGACAGAGAAUUAUUUAAAUUACAGGAAAAAUUUCCAGAUGUACCGAGUGAAAUUCAAGAGGAGAAUGGGAUUCAGUUCAAAUGCCAAGUUUUCAAGAAGACAGAUGAUACAAUGUAGACGAAAAAACAAUCAAAAUAAUUGCAAAAAAAAUAAGCAGAAAAGGUUUUUAACAAACUUAUCUUUACACUCCUUAGUGAAUAAUAUCCUAACAAAACUGGAGAUUUAGGACAGCAAAUAAUACACAUUGAAUUUCAAUGAAAAUAAGUUUCUUCACACACUACACUGUAAAUUUGUGCAAUUUAAUACUGUAUUUUAAUAUUGCAUGAAGUGUAUGCAAUUAAUUAAUGAAAUGAGUUACAACACUUAAUUUACCUAUGGAAUUGAUCAGUAUUUCUGAAUUGAAUAAAACAAUCUUUCCAUA